UCCAUUCCAUCCGCACCUCCUCCUCCCGCCGUGCACACCGGGCGUUGAAGCAUCUAGGCCCCGCCUUCUCCCCUCAUGUCGGCGCACUGCAUGCCGGGAGCGGUAGUCCCCCGAGGCGAAACUCCGGAAGGGAGAGGAGAUGGCGGCGGCGCCGACGCAGCAGCAGCAACCGCCACAGCCGCCGACGCAGCAACCACCACAGCCGCAGCAACUAACGCUGCUGCAGACGCAGGCUCAAGUGGGGCCCCCCGCCGUUGCAGCAGCGGCCGUGGCAGUAGGCGGACACCAGGCAGCAGCGGCGGCGGCAGCUCAGGCCGCGGCGGGCCCCCUGACCGUCGCCCAUGCAUCAUCCGGGCUGCAGGUGGCCGCGCAGGCGCAGGACUUCGACCCGGUGCAGCGGUUCCGCCUCUUGCUGCCGCAGCUGAAGGAGAGCCUGCAGAACUUGAUGAAAGUGGCUGCUCAGAACUUCGUUCAGAACACCAACAUCGAUAGUGGACAGAAAAGCAAUGAUGGCCCAGUGCAGAGAGUUGACAAGAGCCUCGAGGAAUUCUAUGCCUUGUGUGACCAGCUGGAGUUAUGCCUAUCCCAGCUGCCUUGCUUUGUUGUUGUUGUUAUGUGCCUCCAAGUCGACCACGACUUAUGGCGACCCUAUGAAUCAGUGACCUCCAAGAGCAUCUGUCAAGAACCACCCUGUUCAGAUCUUGUAAGUUCAGGUCUGUGGCUUCCUUUAGGGAAUCAAUCCAUCUCUUGUUUGGCCUUCCUCUUUUUCUACUUCCUUCUGUUUUUCCCAGCAUUAUUGUCUUUUCUAGUGAAUCAUGUCUUCUCAUGAUGUGUCCAGAGUAUGAUAACCUCCGUUUCAUCAGUUUAGCUUCCCUUGCUUUAGUUUAGAUAAAAGCUGGGGAAUCCAUGACUCUCUAGGUGUUGCUCGACUCUUAUCUCCCAUUAUCCCUGAGGGCUGGCCACACUGGGGCUGAUGGGAGUUGGAGUUCAGCCACAUCUGGAGGGCCACAUAUGUUUCCCAUCCCUGGGUUAGAAUAUAAGAUAAUUGCCUCGCUGGAUCCGAGCAAAUUCUACUUGUUCCAGCAGUGGCUGGCUUACUAGCACACACACACACACCCCACUGAAGUUCACAAACAGUGAAUGACUGUGGUGGGGUACAUCUCAUAGACUGCUUCUUUCUAUGGAGGUUCUGUUUAGCUAGCGUAUCCAACAGACUUAGCGUUCUGUUAUUUCAUGGGCAAGGGACCUCUUUCAGCCCGAGGGCUGGACUUGUACCUGGUCAGCCUCCCUAGAGCCAAAGGGCCGAUUGUUAAGUUCUGAUAUUUGAUACAUAUAACAAAAGUGUUCGCUUCAGGCAGCUUCCGCUUUCCUUUUGUUGUUGUUGUUGUUGUUAUGUGCCUUCAAGUCGAUUACGACUUACGGCGACCCUAUGAAUUAGCCACCCCUAUUCUCUUAAGGAGGACCUUUUCUAGCGCAAGAAACAAUCUCAAAAUGUGGUGAGGUUCCAUGCAGAAUAAGAUUGCAAGUCAGACUGUUUUGCAGGUUUCUGUAAUACAAAACCACUUCAACAGAAGCGCCUCGAGGAACAUUUCAUUGUCCUCUGCAAUAUCUUGAAUUUUCUCACACACUAUUCUGGGAGGUAAUCUGGCACCAAUAUAGCUGCAGUAGCAACCAAAAACAUCCGGCCAAACUCCCCUUCAGAAUGAGGGUGUAAUUUCUGAGCAGUGAGCAGCCACUUAACUGGCCUACUCAACAGUCGCCCGCACUUUCUUUCAUUGGGAAAACAGGUCCUGCUUGCCCUCCAGACGCCUCCUAGGGUCCACAAUUUUGUCCUUGCACACCUGUCUGUGCACAGCGCCAGGCAAGCCCUGAUAAGCAGCUGAUUGUCAGGGAUAUAGGGCAGGGUGUUGUGCAGACUCUGAUGCUCAGACGACCAUUGGAGCUUAGGUGCGCAGAGCUUUGCCAGCCCCGACGCCAUCACCUGAUUGUCAGUGCUUGGCAAGCCCAGUGCUUGGGGCUUUGCACAGGACUUGGCAGGUAUUGCUGUGCAGCAGAGUCUGCAAGCCCCUUUACGUCUUUACCUGCCCCACACCUGAGGGCACAUGCAAUGUCAGGUGUGGAACAGGUGGUCAUGGUUUGGCCAGAACAGCCUUGUGGGCCAAAUGCGGGGGGGGGGGGCUAGCAGCCCUAAUUAGGCCUGCAGGCUGAGGGUUCUCUCUCCCCCCCACUCUUGCAUUUCAUUCUACUUGCUGUGUUCAGUGGGGUAGUGCAGGGGUUCCCAAACAUACCGCUUGAAAAUUGCUGAGGGUCCAGGUGGGCCACUUAAUGAUUCUUCGGCCUGUUGUAGCAAUUGUGAUGAGUUGUGCUUAGAUGCUGUAUAAUUUUUAAUUGUGAUGGAUGUCUCAUCUCCCAUCUUCAACCACAAAUCCACAGACACGCCGUGAACCACCUGAAUGAAUGUCACAGGCCACUGGCAGUCCAUAGACCAUGGAUUGGGAGCCCCUGGUGUUGUGGCUUUCCAUAUUUGGUUUUUUUCAGCGACUGACUCCCCAUGUGUGAGGCAAACAGGCUUCCUUUUUGCAUUGACAAAAAAAGAAUUCUGUGGUCUACUCGGCCUUAAAAGUGCAGUCUUCAGUGGCUGUCUUUUUUUUCUUUUUCUUUUUGGUGACCUGCUCUGAAGAAAAGAAAAACAAAUACUUUGCUGAAGUGGUCUCAAAGCCCAGCUCAAAGUCACAUCUCUCUCCAGCAGCAAAAAAUGUCCCAAGCACCAUGACAUAUCGCACCUCAAGGGGGCAUUCCCAUUUCCAAGCCGCAACACAUUCCAAGCAAAAGCAAGCAAACCAUAAAUCCCACCAGGCAGCUUUCAAUUUCACAGCAUCAAACUAAGGUCCACCAAGCAGCAAGCCAUAUCAAUGCACAGCAAAGUCAUCACACACAGAGAGAGGAGCCCUGGAGGCAAGGUUAAGGCUCUUCCCCAAUUUUGCCAUGAUUAACAAUGACCUGAGUGGAGGCAAGUGCACAUGCAAAACAGGCACCCGCUGAACCCCCACAGGCAAUGGACGAGCCCUCCUCAGAAACUGCUCACAUUUCAUUAAAAAUGAAUUAUUUAAUUAUUAAUUAUUUAUAUCAAUAAUUAUAAGUGUUAAUUAUUAUUAAUUAAUUUAUUAAUAAUUAUUAAUUAAUUGUAUAUUAAUUAUUUAAUUGUAUUAAAGAGGUGGCUGUGACAAGGGAGUCACUUCUCACUGUUAAGUGGGUUAAGUUUUUAAAGCCGCUUUGUAAAGGAGUGCUUUCUCAUCUGCUGGGGGGGGGGGGGAGGUGGAGUCAGAGGCAUUCUGAGUUAAAUCAUCAGAAGACACAUUCUCAGUGUCGAAAAUGUCCUUGGCAACCACCUAAGCAACUGGAUGCUGGACCCCAGAAAAGGCACCAAUUUCAAAGCUGCUAAAAAGAAACUAUCGUUGUGCAAAACAAAAGCCAAGCCUGGGUUUUACAAGCCACGGCUGCAAAUACAGCGGUGUAGAAAGAGCAGCUAGUGGUGGGUGUGACUGCCGUGAGUGACAGGUGAUGUCAGAUGUUGUCACAUGAUGGGCAAAGUACGGAUAGAAUAGCUUGGCGAGCCAUUUGGAGGGGUCUGGCUGGUCUAAUUAGGCCCAUGGGCCAGAAGGUCCCCACCACUGUGAUGAAUCUUUUUAAAAAGCCAUCUAAGCGUGUAUCUUUCUUUGGGGAUUACAUAGGGCUCAUCUAGCUUAGUAUUGUCUGCAGUGACUGGCAGCAGCUCUCCAGGAUUUCAGGCAAGAGUCUCUCCCAGCUCUUCCUGGAGAUGCCGCUGGGGAUUGAACCUGGGGCCUUCUGCAUGCAAAGCAGAUGCUCUGCUGCUGCGCUGCAGCUCUUCCCCAUUGAACUGAAUGUCUGAAAAACUUUGCAUGUCUGAUAUUGAAUGUUUGCAUAAUUGUGCACCAAGGGAGGCACACAAAUUUGGGUAUUGGCAGGGAGCGGAAUGAAUUAACAAGAGACUAAUCAGCUCAGAAGCGCAGAUUUGGCAUAAAUCGCAACAGCAUUGACUUGAGGUAAUACAUUAUCAUUAAAUCAAUUUUAAAAAGUUUGGAACUGUGUACCAAGCAAUGGCGCCCCAGUGCCUUGGGAGGGGCCUUUCCCAGUUCUUGCUGCCAGAAAUCCUUUCACUGGAGAUCCCAGGGACUGAACCUGGGACCUUCUGCAUGCAAAGCAGGUGUUCUACAUCCACACCUCACAAAAGAUAAAAUCAAGGCAAGUCUAUGCAUAUGUGAAAUGAGGGUUGGAGGAAGAGCUCAGGAAUUUGGAAAGUUGGGUAGGACAGGUGCUCUGGCAGCGGCUUUUUAAAAACUGGGACUGAGGAGCAGGAAGUAAAAAAAGGGCUUCUGGACAAGGGCUCAUUGGGUGUCAAGUGAAGGCUGGUUGUUGUGGCAUUAGACUAGGGCACAGCAGGUCUUGCUGGCAAUGUGUUUUUGGCAGACUGCUAAAGACCAACAUCAAAAAGUUCUUUAAAUGCUUUCGGUUGUAUUCAACUAAGGCCUGUUCAGAAACUAAUGAACCUAUGUUAAUCAUGUAUAUUCAGUGGGUCUACCCUGAGUAGGACUAGCACUGAAUACCACCCAUUAGAAGCAGGAAACUACCUAAGGAUGCAGCCGGACCUUUGGACAACAAGGGAAUCAAAGGUAUGCUAAAGGAGGAAAAGGAGAUGGCAGAGAAGCUGGAUGAAUGCAUCCGUCUUCAUGGUAGAAGAUGCAGGACAGAUCCCUAGGCUUCCAAAGGAAGGGAGUCUGAGGAGCCGAGGCCUAUAGCAGUGACGAGAGAUGAAGUUCUAGGCCUUUGGAGCAAAUUAAAAACUCUGGCGGACACUAUGCUGGAGAAAGCUUGGAGAGGUGAGGCCCACCACAUGUCUGUUAGACCCUUGCCCUUCCUGGCUUAUUAAAAGUGCCAGAGGGGGCCUGGCCGAGCGGGUGAAGGGAGUGGUCAAUGCCUCCCUACAACAAGGCAGAGUUCCAAUGUGCCUAAAGGAGGCAGUUGUAAGGCCUUUGCUGAAAAAGCCCUCCCUGGACCCCUCUAUUAUGGAUAAUUAUCGGCCAGUGUCUAAUAUCCCAUUUCUGGGCAAGGUAAUAGAGCGUGUGGUGGCCUUCCAACUACAGGGAUUCCUGGAUGAAACGGAUUAUCUAGAUCCAUUUCAGUCUGGUUUCAGACCUGGUUAUGGGAUGGAGACGGCUUUGGUCGCCUUGGUAGAUGACCUACGCAGAGAACUGGACAGGGGGAGUGUGUCCCUGUUGGCUCUGUUGGACCUCUCAGCGGCUUUUGAUACCAUCAACCAUGGUAUCCUUCUGGGUCGCCUUACUGGGAUGGGACUUGGGGGCACCGUUUUACGAUGGCUCCGUUUCUUCCUGGAGGGUCAAACCCAGAAGGUGGUGCUGGGGGAUUCCUGUUCGACUCCUUGGCCGUUGGCCUGUGGGGUCCCUCAGGGUUCAGUUUUGUCCCCCAUGCUAUUUAAUAUCUACAUGAAACCGCUGGGAGAGGUUGUCCAGAGGUUUGGGGUUCAGUGCCAUCAGUAUGCAGAUGACACCCAACUCUACUUCUCCUUUCCACCUAACUGUGGAAUGGUCUUCCCGAUGAGGUGCGCCUGGCACCGACGCUGCUAUCUUUUCGGCGCCAGGUGAAAACCUUUUUAUACUCCCAGGCAUUUUAAAGUGUAUUUUAACAGUAUUUUAUUACUAUGUUGUAUUCUGGAUGUUGUUUGGUUCUCGUAUUGUUUGUGUGUUUUUGUUUCUUGAGUUAUUGUAUUUAUUGUAUUUAUAUAUUGUGCUUGCUUUUACCUUUUAUGUACACCGCCCAGAGAGCCUUCGGGCUUAGGGCGGUAUAUAAAUUAAAUUAAAUAAAUAAAUAAUUCCAAGGAAACUGUCUUGGUUCUAAACCAGUGUCUGAUAGCAGUGGUGGACUGGAUGAGGGUGAACAAGCUGAAGCUUAAUCCAAACAAGACAGAGGUGCUCCUAGUCAGUCGAAAGGCAGAUCAGGGAAUAGGGGUUCAGCCUGUGCUGGAUGGGGUUACACUCCCCCUGAAGACGCAGGUUCGCAGUUUGGGUGUGCUCCUGGACUCAGCCUUAAACCUGGAGGCCCAGGUUUCUGCGGUGGCCAGGAAUGCUUUUGCACAGUUAAGACUAGUGUGCCAACUGCGCCCGUUCCUGGAGUCGUCUGAUCUGGCUAUGGUGACACAUGCCUUAGUUACAUCCCGCUUAGACUACUGUAAUGCGCUCUACGUGGGGCUGCCUUUGAAGACUGUUCGGAAACUUCAGUUGGUGCAACGAGCUGCAGCCAGAAUGUUAACUGGGGCUGGUUACAGGGACCAUACAACUCCCCUGCUGCAACAGCUCCACUGGCUGCCAGUCUGUUUCCGGACACAAUUCAAAGUGCUGGUUAUGACCUAUAAAGCCCUAUAUGGCUUAGCUAAGCUAUUUAUCAGACCGUAUCUCCCUAUAUGAACCUGCCCAGGCCCUGAGAUCUUCAGGAGAGACCCUUCUCACGAUCCCAACACCUUCACAAGUGUGACUGGUGGGGACACGAGAUAAGGCCUUUUCAGUGGCUGCCCCUAGGCUCUGGAACUCCCUCCCUAGGGAGGCAAGAAUGGCCGCCUCUGUGCAGUCCUUCCACCGACAGCUGAAGACUUUUUUCUUCCGGCAGGCCUUUGGAACUGAAGGCUUUAAGGGUCGUGACUGAAGAGGAUGCUGUAUGUUAUUGUUUUACUUGUAUGCUCCUAAACUGGGUUGCAGUAUUUUAAGAGUAAUUGGUUUUAACAUCUUAAUAGUUUAAUCCUGUUUUAAUGCUGAUUUUAUAUGUUUUAUAUUUUUAUAGGUUCUUAAUGAUGUGUACUUAUUUUUAUCUGGAAGCCCCCUUGAGUUCCAGUUUGGAAAAAGGGCGGGGUAUAAAUAAAGAUGAUGAUGAUGAUGAUGAUAGUAGUAAUAAUUAAUAAUAAUAAUAGCUAUGUCGGUAGAAGAAACCGGGCAGGUGUCCUGCGGUCUGGACCAGCUGCGACUGGCAAGGUUGCUCAGAGGUAUGGUCUCUCCACUCGUAUUGCUGGGCCCCCAAGCUCCCAUCGGCCCCAGCUAGCAUGGCCACCCGUUCCCCAUCUCUGGUUUAGCAAGAGGCCGCAUGGAUGCCUCUCAGCUCCGGGGGGGGGGGGGAGCGAAAGAGGACAAGGAAGACCAGUGUUCUCUUCCUUGCCCUGUCCCACCCAAACUCCUCAGAAGGGAAGCUUUUGCAAUUUUUUUUCCAGGCGAAGAAGGGGACGUUCAGUUCUCUGCAGGCCCUGUGGCCGGAAAGGCAACAGUUGCAUCAGAGCUGGCUGAUGCUUCCCCCCCCCUUUCUUCUGUCAAAAGAAAAGAAGUCUCUUGCUGAUCAGGGAGAAAUUGCCCACUUGUGAAAAGUGGAACAGUCUCGUGGUCCUUUCCCCCCUGGGAGCAAUAACUCCUCGUUCCUCUCUCCCCCCCACCACUACCACCUCCCCCCUCUUGCUGCCAGAGAACAGCCUGUCCUGAACUGUUUUGGCUGCACCUCUUCCUUACCCACCUCCCUCCCUCCUUGUAGAAAG